GGUGACCUUCCCCAUGAAAAGUGGUGUGUCGUAUUGCCUUGUGGGCAUUGCUUCCCGCCAUGGCCAGGCCCACCUCCUGCCCUGCCUGCUGGGGGCGGGGCUCAGGGUGGAGGGCAGCGGCACCGACGACAAAACACCACUGAUGGUGGCUGCCUUCAAUAACCACAAGACGACGGUAGAGAAGCUCCUCAGUCUUGGUGCCGACCCGCUGGCUGUUGACAAAGGAGGAUGGACGGCCCUCCACUGGGCUGCAUUAUUUGGUAAAGCUGAGUGUGUGUCUACCCUCAUCCCGGUCACGCCGCCCACCCCCGAGCUGCUGCAGGCCGCCGACGGACACACCCCGGUGCACCUCGCCAGCUUUUAUGGCCACGAGGCUGUGCUGAAGGCCCUGGAGAGGGCUGGCUGGCCUCUUUACGCAAUGGACGGCGAUAGCCUGACACCCCUGCACUGGGCUGUGAAGGCAAGGCGUCUGGACGUGGUCAGGUACCUGCUGGAUAAGGACGCGGCGCCCCGUACGGGAUCCGAUGAUGACCUCACGCCGCUGGACUUGGCUAAGAGGAAGGGUAAAGACUUAGCAGCGAGGUGGCUGGCGAGGAGGAGCGGCGUGGUGCACGGGGACGCCGCCCACAGCCUGCUGCCUGAGGUCACGUCCAGUGCCGGGGUGAACGCUGCAGCAGGUGACGACACGCUGCGGCCAGAGGACGUGAGGAAACUGCUUGGCUUCAGAGAAUGGCUGAUUGACUUCUGGAACAACAUCAACAGGAAGGACGAGAUGGCACUGUCCCCCGUCAGCUUUCUGUUCGGCGACAGUCUCGGUCACAAGAGCGAGGGCGUACGUGGUUCCCCUGCCUGGGCGGAGCCCAAACUAUACGAAGAUGAUGACCUUGCCCGUGAGAGUGGUGAUCUCCACCGCGAGGGCGUCAGAAAUGAGGUCAUCAAGUAA